AUGGUCCUCUCUUUCGCUCUACCCAGAAGGGCCAUCCCUCCUCUCCUGCUUCUCCUCUCACUCUCCGGAUGGCUCGUGGCGGUGUAUCAGCACUUUCGACCUCCCCUCUUAUCCUCUUUGUCUCUUCCAAACCCAUCAUACCUCCUCUCGCUAGCUGCAAACUCGUCCUACCUCUCCUGGGCUACCCCCAUCUCCAUCCGAGAUUCAAUCACCGAUUACGUUCAAUCGAUGCCUUCUCUCCGACCUUGGGACGCUCGGGGUGGACCAGAGUAUGAUAUGCUGGGUCAGGACGAGAGAUGUACUUUUGACUGGCCUUCUACCAAACAUAUGUUCGUUUUCAACUCCCCCUACAAGGACAACGGCAUAGGCGAUGGACAUCCUAGGAAAUGGGUCAGCUCUUCUCAUCUUCUCCGAACGUUGUUAACAGGAAGCAUUACCGAGAAUGGCUCCAUACCAACCGCUGGCCUGACUUUCUUUAUUCAUAUCGAAUACUGGCCAUUCUGUUUUCCCGGAGCGACCAUCUCGUCCAACGUUCUUCCACCCGGUGUAGAGAAAUGGGGAUCAUUUGAUACCCAAGUCGAAGAGUUCCGAGAGUUGUUCACACCUAUGCCAGGUCCGGCAGUAGCGGAUUGGCACUCUGAUGAUUCGCUUUUCCUUGCCAUGUUUGGUAUCAAUGAUCUGCAACAAAUGGACGUGAGCUCCUCACUCUCGUCUCGUCGAUCUGACACACCCUUGUCCCACACACGAUAA